UCAUUAAGUGGUCAGCUCACAAUCUUCGUUGUCCUAAUAGAUCCCCGCUUACCAUUAUUUUAUACGAUGGCUGCCAAUUACUCGAUCAUCAUUACGGUCCUCGCUUUUUUAAGCAUUACCAUCUCAGCCGAAAUGGACAUUUCACAUAAAGUGAUUCUGACCGCGCAACAGUCAGGGAUGGAUCUAGUGGGGCAAAUUGGAACCAAACUAUUUUUCAUAACCGGCCUAAACGCCACAAAAGUCAACUGGAUGGAUGGGAAUGCCACCUGCGGGAGGGCGGGCCUCAAGUUCGCAACUUUCAAGUCCGAGGAGGAGUAUAGAUUUUUACGGGAUACGUUAUGGAACGUUGUGGAGCCUUCACGAGGAGAUUCUGACCCGUGGGUAGGGGGAUCUGUGAAAGGGCUCGUCACCGGGGACCAGGUUAGCUGUCGGGAGUCGUUCGAAUGGGAGGACGGGAGCGAAAUAGCUUCCUUCAACUUGAUGAACCACCCAAGGAAUUGGCUUUGCUUGUUCGUCAAAUUAUCCGAUGACGUAGUCUACACUGAUUUUUGUAUCAGCACUCAGCGCGACGUGGUGUGUCAGUUUGACUUCAACUAAAAAUACACCAAUAUCAACUUAUUGAUAAUUACUGGUCUACAUUAAAACCUGUUACGUGCAAGUUGCUAAUGAUUAUUAUUAAACUCUUGU